AUGGCACGCUUCGUGCCCCGCGACACGUUUGACAUACCGUCAUCCGUCCCAAAGACCUACUUCCUGGGCCACCACCACGCGGGCGCGAACAAGAUCAAGUCCCUCCUCUCCAGCAUAUCCCUCGUCCUCGAAUGCCGCGACUUCCGACUGCCCCUGUCCACGCGCAACCCGACACUGGAGCGCACCAUCGCCGGCCGAGACCGCCUGCUCGUGUACACCAAGUCCGACCUGGGCGCCGACACACCCGGCGCGCGCAGCACCCUGCAACGACUACACGGCGACAGGGCCAUCUUCUGGGACAAGAGCAAGCCCGCCGCCACAGAGGCGCUGCUGCAGCGACUCAAGCACGCCGCCGAGUCCCAGGACUCCCUGACGGGCCUGCGCACCCUGGUCGUGGGCAUGCCCAACGUCGGCAAGAGCACGCUGCUCAACGCGCUCCGAAACGCCGGCACGCCAGGCAAGAAGACCAAGGCCGCCAGGACGGGCGACCAGGCCGGCGUGACGCGCAGGAUCGGCACGGCCGUGCGCGUCGUCGAGCCCGCGGAGCGCGGCGGCGUCGCCGGAGGCGUGCUCGUGCUCGACACGCCCGGCAUCUUCCAGCCCUACGUCGACGACGGCGAGACCAUGGUCAAGGUCGCCCUCGCUCACGGCCUCAAGAAGGGCCUCAUCCCCGACGACCUGCUCGCCGACUACCUGCUCUUCCGCAUGAACAGGUGGGACCCCGGGCUGUACCGGCGCUACUGCCACCCGACCAACGACGUGACCGAGUUCCUGGCCGCCGUUGCGCGGCGAGACGGCAAGCUCAAGGCGGGCGGCGCGCCCAACUGGCACGAGGCCGCGGCGAGGGUGCUGUCGCAGUGGCGCGACGGCAAGCUGGGCAGGUAUGUGCUGGACGAGCUGGGCGUCGAGCACAUCCGCGCCCACGACGCCAUGGUGGCCCGGCCGGCGCUGAGCCUGCACCAGGCCAAGAAGGCGCACAAGGAGGCGCGGAAACGGGAGAGAAUGGGAGACUGA